CGAUUUCCAUAGCUGAGAUAAGAUUAUGGUGGAGAAUAAAAAAAAAGCGUAAGGUGUAGCUGGCGAUUGGUAUGAGUUGGAUUGUUGGACUUGACUGUCUGAAAAGCAAUGAAAUAGAAAGAAUGAAGUUAAUAAAAUAGCAUAAGCUCGGAUCACUCGUGGCUCUGCUUUCUGCGCACUCAAACUCCACAUGCUCUGAAGUUGGUCGAGUCAACGGAAAGGACAGAGAAACGGGUGACUCAAGCGAAAGGUUGAAUCCAGGUCCUUUCCAGGACCUAACAGGGAAGCUUUUCAUUAUUGACUUGGCAAGCAAGAAACGUGAUCAGCUGAGGUUGAGGCACACUGAUUUGGCUGUUUCUGUAGCUGAUCCCACCAUGCAGCAGGAAGGAAAACCAAGGUUCUUGAAAUUCCACCAAGGAAGUGUACGUGGAGUUGCUUUCAGUCCCAGGGACCGUUACCUCUUCUGUUCGGGUGCAUACGAUGGCAAGGUAAAUCUGUAUUCAGCACUACGCAUGGAGUUACUCAUGUGCUACCAAAUCACCACCAUGACCCUGGCACGCAAUGUCAAUGCCGUUCGCUUCACAUCGGAUGGCUCCAGGAUCUUGGCUGCUACGACAGCUCGGCGACUGGCCGUGGUAGAUGUGGAACGAGGAGAACAAUUGCUGGCAUAUGAUAAUUGUGCAUUUAGUGGCAGAGAUCGAACUGGCUUGGCUGCAGAUCCGGUUUGUCCAAACAUGGCUGUCUCUGUUGCUGUAAAUGGCAAGGGCCUCACCCUACUUGAUCUCAGGAUGCCUCUACCACUUGAUUUUGUCUAUGAUUUACAUGGUAGUGUGAUACGUGACCUGGCAUUUAUGCACCCCUCAUGGCCAUGGGUGCGUGGUCAGCAGAGUGCGCUCUUGACAGCUGGUGGUGAUGGCACAUGCAAAGUCUCUACUUUAGAUGGAAGAGUCCUCCAUGCUUUUCAGGCAGGGCAUCAGGUUAAUACAGUUUGCCCAACACCUGAGCCAUACAAUAUUGGUGCUGACGAUGGAUUUUACAGUGUAAUAAUGAGUGGUGGAGACAUGGUAUCAGCCUAUGUCCCUGACACAGGCAUACAGGAACAUUUGAAGGAACAUCGUGAUAUGCAGAUUUGGAAACUCAGGUAUACUUCAAAUGGCAGCCAGUUAUAUUCAGUAUGUGAUGGAGGGGUUGUCAGGCGUUAUCGUCGGUACCCUCAUCACCAUGAAUAUUUGGGAGAGGUUUAUCAACAUAAAGGUGAUAUUCAGGACCUGGACAUAUCUCCCUAUGAUGAAUAUAUCAUCACUGCAUCUAAAGAUCGUUCAGUUGGUGUUCUGCGCCUUGGUGCACCAAACCAUGGUUGGACAGAGUACAGUGAAUUAACUUGAUACCCUGAUUGUUAAUACAGUGCGCAGGUACCUGGUGGUAAGGAACAGUCAUGACACAAUACAUUCCUAGUGCUAUGAGAGUUUGUCUCCGAAUGACAGGUAGUGCAGAAGUGGUCUGAUAACAAAACUCAUACCUCAAGCCCCUCACCUGACCCCAGAAUGAAAUUAGGUAAGUAACACAAGAUAUAAAUGAAUGUGUAAAAUUCAACAGGAUCUUAUUAAACAUCUAACAAUUUUAAAUGUUCUCAGUUUAGUACUGUUUUGUUAUAUUCUUGUUUAAUACCUGCUAUUAAAAGUCUUGAGUCACUUGUUCAGGGAACAGAGAAUGAAUGUCACUUUAAUGUUAGUUCUUGUUGGUUGUAGCCUUCAGUGGAUUCUUAAGUCUUAUGCAUAGUGGAUUUCAGAAUGUUUUGUGAUGGAUUAAUAACUGAGAUCACAAGGUAUUUGUUUGUAAGCUGUAUAUCAGUAUGAUGAGUGUUGUAUGCAUUAUGCCAUUGUUUUUGGAGAGAAUGUUUAAUUGAAAAUUUCAGGGACUUUCCACAUCUUGUAAUAGUCUUGAAUAACCUUGUCCAAGUAUUUUAAUGAAGUUAAAAUAAUAUGGUUUAUUAAGGAAUUUACAGUAUUUAACAUUAAUUAUAUCAUAGUACAUUUGAAAUGUAAAUUAAUUCAGAAUGUUAAAAAUUGUUUUAUAUGCUGCUGGUAAUUCUGCCCUACUGGCAGCUUAUAAUGUAAUAUAUGCUUGAGACUAGAAAAUGAACUUGUUUUGAAUUUAGUUAUAGAAUUUAAUAUUAUAUCCAUUUUCAGUAGGAGUUUCUGUUAACGAGCAAGUACAAUCCUUUAGUUUGAUGAGGGAUGGAUUAUAGACUCUUCAGUCUGUUACUGUUUCAUUGGAACAUCAGUUUUGGUAUACAGAUUACAAGAGGAUAACCGUUAUUUUUAUUGAAUAGUCAAAUGGAAGGUACGUGAGUUGAGUUCUGGUAUGUUUCUACUCCAGAGUUAGCUUAGAAUUCCAGCAUCUGAGGAACUCAUAGUGUUGCAUAAAAUAUCGACUAUCUCUUAGAAGUUUGUGAUGAUAGUGCAUUAGUACAAAUAUUAUGUUUUUGGACAGUAUCCGUCAUUUUGUGUUUUGAAAAAUAAACAGGGCACU